AUGAAGUACUUUACGCUGCUUUCCCUUGCAUUGCUGGCCUCUGCCUCCGCCUUGCGCACCCAGGCAACCAAGAAGGACCCCACCCAGGGGCGAUACUUGCAAGAGGUCUGCAAAGUCAACCAUGAUGUUGCCACAUCUCCCUCAGAGGUCACAGUUCAUGUGGAGCAGUUCCCUGGUGAGAAUGCACACUUCAACAUCACACUUGAUGACCCCCGCUAUGGAGGUAAAACUAUCGCAGACGGUUGGUGCAUUGAUUGGGAUCGCCUUAUUGGAACCAAAGACUGGAGUGUAGACAUCUACAGCGCCUAUUCUGAUAAAAUUCCUGAUGCUGCUGUUGACAAGAAUAACAUGUUGCCCAACUUGGCUUGGUUGAUCAACAAUAUUGCUGUCGGGGACACUGUUGACGAAGUUGUGCAAGGUGUUGACUGUAAAGGCAAAGUUACGUGGGUCGAUCUCCAAGGAGGUAUCUGGGGUCUUGUUGACGACGUCAAUGGAACAGCUGACUCUGACUAUGUCAAAUUCCGGCAAGAAUGUGUUGCCCAAUGGGUUCGAGACCAAGCCAUUGCAAACGGUGGCGAUUACAAGAUAGACUGCAAAGACCCCAAUGAGCAAAUUCCACUUGUCAUGGUCAUUGAUGCUGGAAUAGUCAUCACCAACCAGACCAUCAUUGCUGAGAUGAAUGUCCACCUCAUACCAGGCCUCUGCGAGUGUGGAACCCCAACUGCUGCACCCAGCAAGGCUCCUACCUCUGAGCCUCCCACAUCCAAGCCUCCCACAACGAUGACCCCUACCACCGAGACCCCCACAACCAAAUCUCCUACCACCAAGGCUCCCACUACGAAGAAGCCAACCCCCGAACCAAGAAGGAGUUGA